AUGGCGUCGUCAGGGUCGGUGCAGCAGCGGUGGCUGAUGCUGCUGAUGUUGUUGCUGGCGGGCGCGGCGCGGGCCAGCCUCUACUUCCGCUCGGGCCAGACCUGCUACCGGCCUCUUCGCGGGGACCAGCUGGCGCAGCUAGGGCGCAGGACCUACCCUCGGCCACAUGAGUACCUGUCCCCUUCGGAUCUCCCCAAGAACUGGGACUGGAGAAAUGUGAACGGCGUCAACUACGUCAGCGUCACCAGGAACCAGCACAUCCCACAGUACUGUGGUUCCUGCUGGGCCCACGGUAGCACCAGUGCUAUGGCAGAUCGCAUCAACAUCAAGAGAAAAGGUGCAUGGCCUUCAACCCUGCUCUCGGUGCAGAAUGUCAUUGACUGCGGCAAUGCUGGCUCCUGUGAAGGGGGCAAUGACCUUCCGGUGUGGGAAUAUGCCCAUAAGCACGGCAUCCCCGAUGAGACCUGCAACAACUACCAGGCCAAGGACCAAGAGUGUGACAAGUUUAACCAGUGUGGGACCUGCACUGAAUUCAAGGAGUGCCAUGUUGUCCAGAACUACACCCUCUGGAGAGUGGGUGACUACGGCUCCCUGUCAGGCAGGUUGAAAAUGAUGGCCGAGAUCUACGCCAACGGCCCCAUCAGCUGCGGGAUAAUGGCGACAGAGAGGAUGGCUAACUACACCGGAGGCAUUUAUGCUGAGCACCAGGACGAGGCUUUUAUCAACCACAUCAUCUCCGUAGUUGGCUGGGGCGUCAGCAGCGAUGGGAUCGAGUACUGGAUUGUCCGCAAUUCAUGGGGCGAACCUUGGGGUGAGAGAGGCUGGAUGAGGAUCGUGACCAGCACCUACAAGGGAGGGGCAGGUGCCAGCUACAACCUGGCCAUCGAGGAGGCCUGCACAUAUGGGGACCCCAUUGUUUAGGUAGCCGUCUCUGGAGGCUGCGUCAUGACCCUGGACAGG